AUGGAGUCACUGAAGAAUGAGCCGCGCGCCAAUGCGAUAGCACAUCCGGACUCGAUUUCGACAUUCGAGCAUGAUCCUCGAGGCAGCAGUAACGAACCCAAGGUCGGCGAGCUUUUGCCAGGCGAGGCCGAGCUGGGAGGCUUGGGUCGUCAUCUUGGACUGUGGUCUACUGUGGCUUUGAUUGUCGGUCGCAUCAUCGGAACAGGCAUCUUCUCAACCCCUUCAUCGAUUGUGUCGAGUGUAGGAAGUGUCGGCGCUGCCUUCAUGCUCUGGUUGCUCGGUCUCGCAUCCUGUCUUUCGGGCCUCUGUAUCUGGCUGGAACUUGGUUGCAUGAUUCCACGAUCCGGAGGUGAAAAAGUCUAUCUGGAAGCAGCGUUCAAGCGACCCAAGUUGCUUGCUACCACAUUCUUUGCCUGGCAAGCCGAGGACGAUGGCUUCACCGCAUCUGGAUGCAUCGUCUUUGCUAGUUAUGUCAUCAAAGCUGCCGGUCGCACAGCUACUGAGUGGGAGAAACGAGGCAUCGCGCUUGCCGUCGUCACCGUCAUCUGUGCAGCGCAUACUGUCGUUCCUCGAUGGGCUGUUCGCGGCAUGAAUGGUCUUGUUAUCGUCAAGCUGGUAGUCCUACUUUUCAUCGUCGUUGCUGGCUGGGCUGUACUGGGUGGAGCAGCCAAAGAUCGCAUCCCGCAUCCCACUGCCAGCUUCCAAAAUGCUUUUGCUGGCACUACCUCGAGCGGCUAUCUCUGGGCUACAGCUUUGUUCAAAGUCCUCAACUCAUACGCUGGAUGGUCGAACGCUGCAUAUGUUCUGAAUGAGGUCAAAAAUCCCGUACGAACACUGAAGAUUGCAGGACCUCUCGGUCUGGGAAUAUGCGGUGUCUUGUACAUGAUGGCUAACGUCUCAUACUUCGCCGCCGCGACACCCAAAGAAGUUGCUGCAAGUAAGCUCACCGUCGCUGCUCUAUUCAUGAACAAGGUCUUCGGCACUGCAGCUGAGAAAGCCAUCAGCGUACUCAUCGCAAUCUCAGCCUUUGGAAACGUCAUGACCGUCACUUUUGCUCAAGCCCGUGUCAACCAAGAACUCGCCAAAGAAGGUGUGAUACCUUUUCCUCGCUUUUGGGCUUCUUCAUGGCCGGCCGGCGCGCCGGGUGCUGGUCUCUUGCUUCACUGGAUCCCAAGUGCCAUCAUCAUCAUUGCGAUACCAUUUGGUGAUGCCUACAACUUCAUUCUGGAUGUUGAAGGCUAUCCUAGCUCAGUCAUCAACUUCUUCGUUGUCGUUGGAUUCUUCUGGCUUCGCUAUGCUGAGCCUGGACUUGAUCGCCCUUUCCGCUGUUGGUCACCUGUAGCUGCGUUUUAUAUGGUCGUACAGGCUUUCCUCAUGGUCGCACCCUUCCUGAAACCUCCAGGUGGUAAAGGCGAUACAUCGCUGCCUUAUUGGUUGUACCCGGUGGUGGGUAUCAUUGUGCUUACAGUGUCGGUACUGUAUUGGGUCGUGUGGCGCAAGCUGCUGCCGUUCCUUGGAAGAUAUAGCCUCGAAGCAGAUCAUGAGAAGCUAGCAGAUGGAACUGCUGUGGUGAUAUGGCGUAAGGUAAAGCGUAGUUAG